ACUUUUGAAAGCAACACAACUGGAUUAAAAACCAAAACACAUGAAAUGAAAACAGAUUUUGAUUUUUUUAUGUUUUUGUUUUCAAAAAACAAAAAAUAAAAAAAAAUUAAUAAUAAUUUUAGAAUACCCGUGAAAUAGUGAACAAAACCCCUCUUUUCUCUGAUGAUCAGUCAUUUUCCGUUGAGUUUGAUUCAAUCUCAGCCGUCUGAUUUGAUGACUCCCUCGUUCACAUGUUGCCGCCGGCGUCGCUAGGCUCCGGAGCCCCGAACUCGAACGCUCAGAUGAACCCAUCAAGCUUUGCUGAAAAUAUGUCUGGGUUUUCAAAUUCAAGUAUUAAUAACCCAAAUUUGAGCUCCAAUUCUUCGUCAAUUUCGCGUUCAUCGAGUCUUUCUAGGCCGAGAUUGCAUAAGAUGAGAAAGCAGUUUAAUUCCGAGAGUUUUAAAUUAACUGAGGUCACAGGAUCCGGGUUUGGAACCGGUUUCAACCCGUUUCAGGUGGGCACGAGUCGGUUUGGGUUGGAACCGAGUGGUUCUGGCUCUAGUGCAUUUGUGUUUGGAGCAAAGAAGAGUGAUUUGGGAAACAAUGUUGUUGAGGAAAUGAGGAAGUUGAAAAUUGAGAGUGAUAAAGAGGGUGUUAGUAAAACAAAUGAUGGCUUUGUGUUUGGUAGUAAUGCUAGUUCUGAUUACACGAGUGUUGGUUUUGAGGAAACAAAGGUGGAGGAAGAUAUGAGGAAGCUGAAGAUUGAUGGUGUUGAGAAUGCGAAGAGAAGUGAAAAUGAUAAGGCUGAGUUUGUUUUUAAGAGUGGUAACAAUGUGGGUGGUUUAGGUGGGAAAGAUAUGCAAUCGGGGCUUGAAAAUGAGUUAAAGACGAAACUUAGUGUUAAAGACAGUGGGAGAGUUGAUGGGAAGGAGUUUGUAUUUGGUCGUACUAAAGAAAGUAGUUUUUCUUUUGCCACAAAUGAACUUCAUGAUCAAAUAAAGAAUUUGAACAUGAGUAGUAAGAAUGAAAUUAAUGGUAUGAUUAAUGAGAAUAUACUAUCAAAUGAAAUGGGGAGGAAACUAAAUAUUGGAAGUGAACCCAGUGAUUCUGCUGGUCAAACAGACAUGAGAAGAAUGUCUUCUCAAAUCUUUGUGAGGGAUAAACAAGAGGGAAAUAUGGGUGAUAAUAAUUUCAAGAAUUUGGGCGAAGCAGUUCCAACAGAAUUUACUUUUCAGGCUGCAAUGGAGGGUAAAGAUGUGGGGGGUUGUCAUGUUUCUGUUGACCAACCAAAAGAUGAUGCAAAACUGAGUGAAACUGGUUCAUCAUCAUCUUCAUUCUCAUCUAGUGGUGUGCAUUUUCAGUUAGUUGAUAAUGAAUCUAAAGUAUUUGGUACAGAUAGACUUGACAAGAAGAAUGAGUUUGGCUUUACAAGCACACAAGAUGGUUUGGGGAAACCCUUUGUGGAAUUUAAAACACCACAGCCAAAAGCAAACCUAUUCUCUGGUGUUUGUCAGACGUUGGAAUUUGGUGCAAAGAGGGAAUUCAUAAGAGACACAAAAGCAAAGAAAAAGAGAGGAAAACUAAGGCAGCCUACCCCAGUCCAUCUGUGGCAUGGACAAGAUUUUGUUUCAAGGGAAAGUGCCUCCCAUGGGAACUCAGAGCCUGUGGAAUCUUAUUCUCCAAUGGAUAUUUCACCAUAUCAGGAAACAGUGUCUGACACUAUUUCUGCAAGAGAAACUUCUGUUGCUUCAGAUGAGUCUUUUAGUCUUGACAAUGAUGCUUCCACUGAUUCACGCCCAACAGUUUCUGAUGUUGCAGUAGACGAAGAUCUGCUGCUUGCUGCAACACAGCGUAUGGAUAUUAAUGAAUGGGAUGUGAAAAGUACAGAAACAAAAGAGGAACAUUCUGAUAGAGGCGAUGGUGCCAUAGGUCCUCCAGAAGAUUCUGUAUCUGGAGCUGAAACUGAAAGUUAUAAAUCUGCGAAUGAGGAGAUAGACUUCCAAAUUGAGAGCUGUAAUUCAGCUGAAACUAAAACCAGUUCAAACUCAAACGUUGAGAGACAAGAUAGUGAUGGCCAGAUGCAAUUUAGUUUUACAUCACAUCCAGAAGAGUUACGUGGGUCUAACUUCACCUUUGCUGCUUCUUCUGCUGGUCAAAAUCAGCUAUCAGCAUCAAGACGCCACCUCAAAAAGAAGAAUUCAAUUAAAAUUGGUCAUGAUUCAUUUAAUUCUACUUGCAAUGCUAAAAUUCUGCAUGCAUCAGCCUCCGUGCAGUUCUCUCCAUUCUCAGGAGCUUCACAGCCUUUGUCAUCCAGGCAGGCUGAGAAAGGGGACCAAUUUUCUCCAAGACUCAGAGUUGGACAUAAUUCUGAAGUGUUUAGAGGGCAGGAAAUCAAGCAAGAGCCUAGUGUGUCUUCUGCUGCAACUAUUGCUGAUCAGGAAGCGUGUGAGAAGUGGCGAUUAAGGGGAAACCAAGCUUACACAAAUGGGCAGUUGUCCAAAGCUGAGGAUUGUUACACACAGGGGAUAAAUUGUGUAUCCAAAAGUGAGAGUUCUCGAAGUUGUCUUAGGGCUCUGAUGUUGUGUUAUAGCAACCGUGCUGCAACACGUAUGUCUCUUGGAAGAAUGAGAGAUGCCCUUGAAGACUGCAUGUUGGCAGUUGCCAUCGAUCCGAAUUUUCUCAGAGUGCAAGUUAGAGCUGCAAAUUGUUACCUUGCCCUGGGUGAAAUUGAAGAUGCAUCACUGUAUUUUAGAAAGUGUUUACAGUUCGGAAGUGACAUCUGUGUGGACAGAAAAAUAGCUGUUGAGGCUUCUGAUGGCCUUCAAAAGGCACAGAAAGUGUCCGAAUGCAUGCAACGCUCGGCUGAACAUCUACAAAAUAAAACUUUAAAUGAUGCAGAGAGUGCUUUGGGAGCCAUUGAUGAGGCGUUGUUAAUAAGCACUUACUCAGAAAAGUUACUUGAAAUGAAGGCUGAGGCUCUUUUCAGGUUAAGGAAGUAUGAGGAGGUCAUUCAACUGUGUGAGAAGACCUUUGAUUCUGCUGAAAAGAAUUCUCCUUCAUUAGAUCCCAUUUCCAAGUCAGCAAAUCUAGAUCAUUCUAAACCCUCAAAGGACUAUAGGCUUUGGCGAUGCUGCUUAAUUUUCAAAUCGUAUUUUAAUCUUGGACGGCUAGAGGAGGCUGCAUCAUCCCUUGAGAAGCAAGAAAAACUGGGGAAUGGAGGAAGUUUUCUGGAAUCAUCAAUACCCUUGGCUGCCACUGUGCGUGAGCUCUUACGCCGUAAGGUUGCUGGGAAUGAAGCAUUCCAAGCAGGAAGGUAUUCAGAAGCUGUUGAACAUUAUACUGCCGCUUUGUCAUGCACUGUGGAGUCACGUCCCUUUGCAGCUAUUUGUUUCUGUAAUCGUGCUGCUGCAUACAAAGCGUUGGGCAAUAUAACUGAUGCUAUUGCAGAUUGCAGCCUGUCUAUAGCCCUUGAUGGGAAUUAUAUAAAGGCAAUUUCUAGACGAGCUACAUUAUUGGAGAUGAUUAGGGACUAUUGGGCAGCAGCUUGUGAUCUUCAGAGGAUUAUAACUCUUCUCAUCAAACAAGAAGAGAAGAGCAAUCAGUCUUGCGAUAGAUCAAAUAACUAUGCAAACAAUCUCAGACAAGCUCGUCUACGGCUUGCUGCUGUAGAUGAAGAAGCCAGAAAAGACAUCCCCUUGGAUAUGUACCUUAUUUUAGGAGUUGUACCAUCUGCAUCUGCAUCAGACAUCAGAAAGGCUUAUCGGAAAGCUGCACUUCGACAUCAUCCUGACAAGGCGGGUCAAUACUUGGUUAGAGGUGAUAAUGGGGAUGAAGGGCUUUGGAAGGAGAUUGGAGCAGAAGUUCACAAUGAUGCUGAUAGACUUUUUAAAAUGAUUGGAGAGGCAUAUGCUGUACUCUCAGAUCCUACCAAGCGUUCACAGUAUGAUCUUGAGGAAGAGAUGAGGAGUGCCCAAAAGAAACGCAAUGGAGGCAAUACAUCCAGAACAUCUACUGAUGUCCAAAAUUAUCCAUAUGAAAGCAGCAGCAGUAGGCGACAGUGGAGAGAAGUGUGGAGAUCAUAUGGCAACUCAUCCUCCAAACGGUCAGAAAAUACUCGAUCAAACAGAUUUUCAUGACAAGGUUUUUCCAUAUGCAUGAUUAGAAUCUCAUGAUGAAAGAACAGUGUAGUCAGAUGAGGAUUUUUCUCAAUUAUCAGCAGUGUGCAUAUAAUCCCUAUUAAGAGAUGCUGCUGUGGGGAAAUGAUUUGAACGACUGUCCGAGAGCUAGUGGCUAUGUACUAUUGAGAUACCAUGUCGGUGAAUGCUUGGCUGAGAUUUGUGGUCAUCUGACCAAAAUGGUUUUUUGCUAACCAAAGAGCUUUGUCCACAGGAAUAUAAAAGGUGGUCGAAGAUUUGACACAGGAAUUGUAUUAUACUGAGAGAGGUUCUCCAUGGAAAAAAGAAACAAAAGAAAAAAAAAGGAAAAGAAAAGUAAACUCUAAUCUGAGAUAUGAGAUAGAGGGAGGUCACAACCGUUUGAGGUCAGUAAAUGCAACAGUAAUUUAUGCAGGUGAAAUUUGACAGCGCAAACAGAAGGCUCAACAGCUUUAGCAGUUUGCCACAUUGAUGCAAAGAAUACUGAAACGAGAAAAAAUGGACAAACAGAAAGAAAGAAGACGGGAUCUCUGUAGGUUUACUGAGGAGCCAUGGUUAAUAUGUGAGAUUUUUUUGUUUGAUUUUAUGUACUUUUUUUUUGUCCCCGAACGAUUUAAGUUUGUCUUGCUCAUUCACCCAAUGUAGUUCGUUCUGAUGUGCUGUUACACGAGUGAGAUUCGCACUGUGUGCUUCUGUAUGAGUUGAAAAUUUUCAUAUGAAAAGCCCCAUAUUGCAUGACAUUAUAUGCAGUGUUGAGUACAA